AUGACCUUGAAGGGUAGAAUCUUCACCGUACCUCUAGAUGUGUAUCAGAGAGAUACUCAAAGAUACAUAAAGACCUCUCAAUUACAGGUGAAGGUCCAGAAUGACACCAAAGAAGGCGCCACUUCGUAUUCAUUCCUAUGCGCUUGCCAGGAGGGCAUAUUCGGACUGGACUUGAACAUCACCAAAGUGAAGCGGUCAAAGUCGAAAGCAGAUCUUGAUGAUCAAACGUGGUUAAAGCUAUUCGAAUUACUUUUCAGGGAUAAUUGGUUGACGGAGAAAAGCGAAAUAGAGCAAUUUUCUACAGUUGAGGUAGCAGGCAAACUUGAGUCUCUGGAAAGUUACGAUCCGAGUACAGGUGAACUUGCCGAAGGAGAUCUAGCAGAUGAGGUGCCAGAACUUACAAUUGUCGUAAGAACUAAGGGGAGGUUGAGUGUGGAAUACGGCUCGUUUAAGGCACAAACUAGAGAGGCAGAUUCGUCUAGUUUGGAAUCGAGACAAGAACUUGAUAUUCUCAAUUGGCUCUCGUUGCAGUCACAACAGCUUCUGGAGAUGAGUAAACAACUUACAUAUAAGAAUGAAGAGCUUGCUGAAACACGUGGAGAUUUAACAAGCAAGGAGGAAGAGAUUAGAACGACGAUCAACGACUACAAUCUCAUUUUGGCGGAUCUUGAGGAUCGCUUCUAUCAGGUAUUGAAUAGUAAGCGAAGAAAGAUCUUGGAGCUUCAAAACGACGACACUGACCAGCUCAAGCAUUUAAAUGAGCAAUUUGAGGUGAAUAAUAGAAACAACUUGAAUAGAGUGCGCAUCGAGGACAUUCUAAGGAGAGAAGACUACAAGGCACUUGAAGAAAAGAACAAGGAAGCGAGAUCGAGGAGUAUCGAAGAAGAAGCUAAGAAGCAGAAAAGGGCGCCUAGAAGAGUAAAGAACCCUAUAGGGAAGGAAGAGGAUGACGCACUUAGGGAUCUUGGAUCUGACAAGAGUGAUGUAAAGAGCCACGAUGAAAACAGAAAGCGACUGGGAAAACCCGUUGUAGAGGUAAAAGGGGAGCCUGUGGAGGGGGUCAAGGAAGAGCCGGUGGAGGUCAAGGAAGAAAGUCCAGAAGAUGUGGAAAUGAAGCUCGAAUCUGAUGAGAGUUGUGGUGCCGGUAAUGAUACUGACUACUCUGAUGAGAAUGACGUGAAGCAGGAGAAUGAAGAGAGAAGCAUAUCGGAAGCGAACUCUGACGCGGAAGGGCGGCAUGAAGAGCUUGUAAGUGGUGAUGAAACCGACUACAGCAACUAA